AUGAGUGACAGGUACCACCGGGCGGCGCGGGACGGCUACCUGGAUGUUCUGAAGGAGGCCACUCGGAAGGACCUGAACGCCCCGGACGAGGAUGGAAUGACCCCGACGCUAUGGGCCGCUUACCACGGCAACCUGGAGGCUCUCCGUCUCAUCGUGGGCAGGGGGGGUGACCCAGACAAGUGUGACAUCUGGGGAAACACACCACUCCACCUGGCAGCUGCCAAUGGGCACCUCAACUGCCUCUCGUUCCUGGUUUCCUUCGGUGCCAAUGUGUGGUGCCUGGACAAUGACUACCACACGCCAUUGGACAUGGCAGCUGUAAAGGGCUAUAUGGACUGUGUGCGCUACCUGGACUCCAUUGCCGCCAAACAGACAGGCCUCAAUCCCAAGCUGGUGAGCAAGCUCAAGGACCGCGCCUUCCGCGACGCGGAACGUCGCAUCAAGGAGUGCGUGAAGCUGCAACGCAAGCACCAUCGACGUAUGGAGCGCAAGUUCCACAAGGGGGUGUCGGAGGCCUCGGUCUCGGAUGCCAUGAGCUUUUCUAGCUACGCCAGCAGCACGCUGAGCCGCAAGCUGCAGCAACUGGGCACCACCUCUGUCAGCAUGCCAUACUCCCAGGCCACUCUACAUGCCACUGCCAGGGGGAAAACCAAGAUCCAGAAGAAACUGGAGAAGAGGAAGCAGGGCGACGGGACCUUUAAGAUCUAUGAGGAUGGACGCAAGAGUGUGCGCUCGCUGUCAGGUCUACAGCUGGGCAAUGACGUCAUGUUUGUAAAGCAGGGCACUUACGCCAGCCCCAAGGACAACAUGCGGCGCAAUAUUCGCGACAUGUUCUCGAGCAACGAGGAUGCCAUAUCACGUGCCCUCAGCGAGCCAGGUUUGCAUGCAGCCGACACAGCCUACUCUGAGGUUAGCGCUGAUUCUGGCCGCGACUCUCUGUUCAACCGCCCGGGCCUGGGUACUAUGGUCUUCCGCCGCAACUAUGUGAGUGGAGGCCUCUUUGGCCUGGGUUCCCGUGACGAGGGUGGCAGUGUGGCAUCCCGAACAGCUGACGUGCGCCUGCGCAGCCGCCUGCGUCGCUCACCCAGCCUGGAUGACAGCAUUGGCAGUGCAGGGAGCCUGCAAGAGCGCAACAUGCAGGAGCUGCCCUGGGAUGAAGUGGAACUGGGCUUAGAUGAUGACGAUGAGCCAGAGACAUGGCCACUGGAGGCCUUCUUGGCAGCUCACAGCUUGAGCGAGUUCAUCCCAAUCUUCCGCAGGGAGAAGAUUGACUUGGAGGCUCUGCUGCUUUGCUCCGACCAAGAUCUCAAGAGCAUCCACAUCCCUCUGGGGCCUCGUAAAAAAAUCCUGGAUGCCUGUAAGCGGCGGCUGGAGACCCUUGAAGACCCGGAUGCCAUUGAGGACACUGAGCUGUGA